UAGGAGUAUUAUUAAUACUGAAAUCAACUGUGUUACUAGUAGUAUUAAUGAUACUGAUUGUGUGAGGAAUGUAAUAGUAUCAGUCAAUGGAGCUUCAUUCUCUAAUACUAGUAUAAGCUAUCAAUAUAGACCAGAUCCUACAUUUUAUAGUAUCAGUCCUAUGGUCACAAUACCAGCUGGUGGGAUUUAACUAGCAUUCACUGGUCGUAACCUAAAUUCAGUUCAGUCUCCUACUAUUACUAUUACUGAUAGUAGACUGAUUCCUAGUAGUGUUGAGCCUUGUAUCACUAAUGAUAUUAAAACUUCUUUGCUGAUAUGUAAUGGUCCUCGCAUUACUAAUGUGAUAGACAGUUACUAUGGAACGUGUAUUGAGUACAUGCUAAUGUUAGAUGGAGCAGAGUCACCUGAUUUUACGAAUGCAUAUCUGAGACUAACACUGCAACCUGAUCCAAUAAUUACUGGUAUUAAUGCUGAUUCAAGAUCUAUAUCAGUUGACGAUAUUAAUGAGAUUACUAUUAUGGGAAUGAAUGUUGGAUCAGUUAGCCCAUCAGAGAUUAAUAUUACAUUAGGAAGCAAUGAUGACGAUGUGUGUACACUUAGAACAAGCUCCAAUACUGAGAUUACCUGUAGGCCACCCACCAAGCCAUCAGGUACCAGAUUAGCACUAAGAGUUAGAGUAGGAAGAAAUCUCGUGUUUCCAUCCAAUGGUACCACUGGCCCUGAAUGGACACUAGAAUAUACUAGCACCAGUAUUGAGUCUAGUACUAGCACUGGGUCUAUUACUAGUACUAUUAUUACUACUAUGACUACUACUACUGGCCCUACUAGUACCAGCACUAGUGCUCCAAGUUCUACUUCAAUUGGAGCCAUUGUUGGAGGAUCUAUAGCAGCUAGUGUCAUUAUGACACUAUUGAUUGUAGCAAUACCAUUAAUAUUCGUCAUUUUAAUUUUACAAAAGAGAACAAAAGACAGCAAAGAAAAGCCAAUACCUCAUGAAGGGAAUGUAGUAAUGCCAAUGUCUAUGAACAUCUAUCAGGGCAUCACUAGCCAAGAUAGCAACCUCCUUCCCCAGUCUAACCCAGCAUACGUUAAAGCAUCAGAUAUUCACAAAACACCUGCAGGCAAGAAUGAAGAAUUUGUAUCUGUAAAGAAAGCUAAUAAUGAUGAUGAUGAUGAUGCUAAUCAAGUGAAUCAAGAAGAUCAAGAUAAUGAAGGUCACAUUGAUACAGGAGUGAUUGAUGAUAUUGCUCAAAGUUCAGAAGAUAAAGGAAGCUACAAAAAUAUUCCAAAGUAGAUGGUGAUGAUAAUUAAAAAAAUUAUUUUUGGUAAACUAUUAUUUUUAUUACUACUACAUAAUUUCUCGCUGCAUUUAAUACAUUUUGUUUCCUUGUAUGCCUAGAUACUUGCAUUUUAGUUCAAAAAUUAAUUAUUUU